AUGCUCCACAGACUAUUCAUGAUUAUUGUAGGCAUUGUGACGCCAUUACUAAUUUCAGUGUUUGCGAGUUAUCCAGCAUUUGGGUCGAAAGGUGUUCUUGGAUUUGUUGCUGAGAUUAAUGUUGCAGCACAAAGUGACAUGUGCGCCACCUUUGUGACUAUUCAUGGUUAUAAGUGCCACCAAUAUGAGGUGACUACUGAUGAUGGAUACAUACUGAGUGUGCAAAGAAUUCCGCAAGGACGAGUAGGUGGUAGCGGCCACAACAGGCAGCCAGUUUUAUUGCAACAUGGAAUACUGGUGGACGGAGCAACGUGGGUGAUGAAUUCAGCAGAACAAUCACUUGCAAUGAUUUUAGCAGACAGUGGCUUUGAUGUUUGGAUUGCCAACACCAGAGGAACAAGAUACAGCCUUCGUCAUCUCAAUCUUCAUUCUUAUAAUCCUGACUACUGGAAUUGGUCAUGGGAUGAUCUUGUAGUCCAUGACUUGCCCACUUUCGUUAACCUUGUCUAUGAACAAACUGGACACAAAGCUCACUACGUUGGCCAUUCAUUGGGAACUUUGAUAGCUUUGGCAUCAUUUUCAGAAGGAAGACAAAUAGACAAGAUAAAAUCAGCAGCUUUGCUAAGCCCAAUUGCUUAUUUGAGCCAUAUGACUACUGCACUUGGUGUCGUUACUGCUAGAUCCUUUCUUGGCGAGAUCACUACUAUAUUUGGUCUUGCAGAAUUUAAUCCAACAAGUGCGCCUGUGUCUAUUUUUGUCAAGGCGUUGUGUGCUCAGCGUGGGAUUAAUUGUUAUGACUUCCUCACUGCACUUACCGGGAAGAACUGUUGUCUAAACGCCUCCACGGUCGAUUUGUUCUUGAAGAAUGAGCCUCAACCCACAUCGACUAAGAACUUUGUGCAUUUAGCUCAAACUGUUAGAGAUGGAAUCCUUAGGAAAUACGACUAUGGGAGCUUUAUCAACAAUUUGGCACAUUAUGGUGAAGUUAAACCUCCACAGUAUAAUUUAGCAAAUAUUCCUCGAGACCUACCCCUGUUUCUGAGCUAUGGAGGCCAAGAUGCACUUUCUAGUACAAAAGAUGUGGAGACAUUACUGGAUCACCUCAAAAACCACGAUGUGGGAAAGUUACAUGUUCAAUAUGUCAAGGAUUUUGCUCAUGCUGAUUUCAUACUAGGAACUACUGCUAAGGACAUUGUCUUUAACCAGAUUGUAACCUUCUUUAGCAACCAAAACUAA